AUGGCACCAAACGCAAUCCUGAAAUUCGCCACUCUCUCAGUGCUCGUUCUUCUAGCCAUUUCAGCUUCCUCAGAAGCUAAUUUUGACUUCAACCAAAAGCUCAAAGAGACCAAGUUGGUCUUCUACAUGUUCGACUGGGAGACCGGCCUCAACAUAACCACCGUCCCGGUCGCCGGCAUCCCGGGGAACCGGUGGUGGAUUCUCGGGUUCGGCACUGUCUUCGCGAUCGACGACAAGCUGACAGAGUCAUACGAUCGCAACUCCAACGAGGUCGGGAGGGCCCGAGGUGCCUAUGUGAACUCAGCCGUGGACGGCUCGGAUUUGCACCUGUUGAUGUCAGUUGUGUUCACCAACCAGGAGUUCAAUGGGAGCACACUAGAAAUACAGGGUUCCGAUCGGUUUUACAACAAAUAUAGGGAAGUGUCCGUGGUGUCUGGCACUGGGAAGUUCCGGUUCGCUAGGGGAUAUGCAUUUCUAGAAACUCUGUUGCUCGAUCAGGUGAACUCCAAUGCCAUCAUACGGUGGAAUGUCACCGUGUACCACUAUUGAUACGGAAGAGUUUCGGCUUUGGUUGGUUCCAUAGAACAAAUAAGAAUCACUUUGAAGGAUUGGAUGUAAUAAGUGAAAAACAUUGGCAACUUGUCAUGUUUUUUUCUCUCUAUUUGUGUUCGAUGAACGCGUCAUUAGUUCAGGUAAAAAACGAGCUUGAAUCGUCUACAUUGCCAAAACCUACAUGUUGUUGCGAUGAUUUAUA